ACAACAUUUACAAAAAUAGCACCAUUUUUAUCAAACUGCACCUCCAAGAUGCGUUUUAUAACUAAACUGCGCCCUCCAGGUGCGUUUUAUGUAUAAAUCGCACCUUGGAGGUGCGUUUUGCGCCACGUCAGACUGGGAACCGCACCUCCAAGGUGCGGUCUGUGUUUGGUGGGCAGCGGCCUUGGAGACCGCAGGAUCGUAUGGCGAUCUAGCGGGCAGAACGCACGCAACGUCAGCGAUCCGCGUCGUGGAUCGCAGAACGCAGCGUGAAGGAGCGGUCAGCGCAGCGUGGAUCGCAGAACGCAUCGUGAAGGAGCGGUCGGCGCCUCGGGACCCGGAGACCGCAUCGGAAGGGAGCGGUUUCCACUUUGGCAAAAUUACCAGACUGCCCCUGGAGGGUGCGGUCUGAUGGGUAUAAAUACCCCCUCCCCCCUCUCAUUUCUUCACACCACAACCAUUCUCCACUCUCUCUCUCUAGAAUUAUCUCUCUAACCCCUCCCCCCCCCCCCCAAAAGCCUAGGAAAUAGUAGUCUGUUGGUUGCGGCUAAGUCCGAUCUGCCAUCAGAAAACAUUUCUUUGGUUUUUCCCUCAAAACCCGCCGAAUUUCUGUCCUACUUUCGCGAAAAAAUGGACGAGGGGUUCCAAGGAGAGGGAGUUUAUUAUGAUGAAUUUCAAGCGGUACGUACUCAUUAUUUUGGUCAAUUUUUGUUUUUGUUAUAAAUUUUUUAAUUAAUCUAUGUACUAACCUUGUUGUUAUUCUCUCGUAGGUUGGGGACGACGUGAAUAUAUACAACCAACGGUACUAUUUGGAUCAAGGGUCUAUAGAUCCGACCGACUUGUAUGACCAACCCAACCAUCGUUCAAGGGAUGUUUGGAACGAUCACCCAGUACAUACAAUCUUUCAUCAUUUAUCUUUCUUUUAUUUUGCUAAUGUACUUAGUGGAAUAUAAAAUAAAUUUGAAA